AUGUCCCCGUACAUGACCAUCCCACAGCAGUACUUAUAUAUCAGCAAGAUUCGUUCCAAGCUGUCCGAGUGCGCCCUGGCUCGACACCACCACAGAGAGCUUGAUCUGCGGAAAAUGGUCGGCCACGCCAACCUGCUGGACAGGAUCCUCGACGAAAUCGACGCUCUCGAGAGCGAAUUCGUACUCUACGACAGCGCAGAUGGUCCCGCUAGAGCUCCGACAGUCCAUUCCUCUUCUUCCACGCAAAGGGACUCGUCUCCUCUCACCGCCAGCAUCUGCCCCAUCAAAAUUAUGUGA